UCUCUUUUGCUACCGAACAGACGAGAGCUCAGUACAGUAGAUCUCUCUAUCUCAUCACGAAAGCAGUAACCAAAGCAAUGAUUAGAAUCUGUUUCACUUUUUGCCUCUUUAUGAAUGUGAAAUCUUCCGAAAUUGCUGAGCUUCAAGUACAACCAGUAAGUGAGGGAGAUAAUGUGACAAUAAAAUGUGACCAACAAACAGCAAAAGGCAACAAAAAUGGUUUAGUGUGGUAUUGGCAGAGUACUGGAAAGGUGCCUCAGUAUAUUGUGAGAACGUUUGAGCAUGACAACAAGCACAGAUUUGCUCGAGAAUUUGAAAACGGACGCUUCACCAUGACCGUGGAUGAAGAAAGGUUUGAUCUCAACAUAUAUGGAGUCAGCUGGACGGACAUUGGGAUGUAUUUCUGCGGAAAAGGAAAGUCAAAUGUCGUGGAGUUUGGAUCUGGGACUCUUUUAGUCUUUGAAGGAACGUAUCGGCUCAAACAUGGCUCCGAAGACUUUAAUCCAGAAAUCAAUGAGACACAAGGAUCCAGUAAUGACCAAUGUGUCAGGAUUUCUGAGACUGAUUCUCCUACACAGAGCUGCGUCUACAAACUCCCGAAGAGAAACCUCAGCCUCUCUGAUGCUGGAACUUACUUCUGUGCUGUGGUUCCAUGUGAGGAGACAGUCAUGGGAAAUGGUAGUACGGAAAUAAAAGGUGAUGACUGCACUCAACAGAUGCAUGUGUUGUUUUGUUUUUCCAUUACAAGAGCUGUAAUCCUCAUUAUUCUUGUUGGUGUGCUGACAGUACUUCAUAGAGAUACUAUAUGUAGAAAACUAGAUUUGCAAAGAAACAUCUGAGCCAAAAAAAUAUUCAUUCGAGCACGCAUUCAUAUUUGUUGCCAAUCUGCUUUAACAUUUAACUGGGUUCCAGCUUGGUCGCCUGUUUCCGGUUUGUAUAGAUGAAGCACAGUCAAUCACUUCUAUGUGAACCAGUCAUUUCUUGUAGUUUAAUGCUUUAGUUCAUGCAUUAUACCUUAGAGUUUCUGCAUUUCUUCACUCUCCUGUUAACUAUUCAUUCCUAUUUGUUCAAUCAGAGUUGGGUCAUUUCAGUGAAUUAGCGAUGUUACUGAUGUACUGUACUUUUCCCUGCUUCCUUUUAACAUUUUAACCUCAGACAUUAACCUUGCUGAAGAAAAGCGAUACUGAGGCAGUGUAGCUUGAUAUAGGAAACCUAUGAAAUCUUUGAAUCAAGCAAAUCUAUAAAUGUUAUAUGUGUUUGCUUCUUGUCUUUGAAAUAAAUUCCUA